AUGGAGCGCUUUACACAGACGGAAUCCGUGCCCACUAAGGAUAAAACCAAGCUUCGACGGGGUAUCGAGCCAAUAGCUCUAAUCGCCUCUCCCUGGGAAUCCGACGCCAAGUACGGUGAGACGAACAACGGGGUCAUCGGGUGCAGUCUACUCGGGUAUAGUCAACGCCACCGGCCAAGGAACUGUGAGCCCAUGUUCCAAUUGCAAAUCAUGCCCAGUGUCAACACCCCGGACACACGGAGACGACCUGAGUGA